AUGACAGACGACAAGUACUCACCCACAAACGAAGAGUUUGGAAUUGACGACAUCGUUGUUAAUUCUAACGACGUCAACUACAACAAACGUUCGGAAGGACUUUCAGAGGAUUCCAACGAAUUCAAGGAUCCGCCCGCAGAUGGAGCCGGAGAUUAUGAUUCCAUCAAUAAUAUCAAGUUACCAUUCAACUCGUCAAGCCUACUGGCCGAAAAUGGCUCAGUUGUUUCGAAUGGCCGCAAACAAACUGACGCGACAGACUUGAGAUCUAACAGACCUAAACGUAACAAUCGCUGGAAUGCUGCCCCACCACCCAGGAACUCUCAAAUGACGUUAAAAGAGCAAGAACGGGUUAUAGAUGAAAUAAAGAAAGAAAAUUUUGAUUUGAAAAUGAAGAUUUAUUACUUGGAGGAAAGAUUAAGUAAAAUGGGACCUGAUGAAGUGGAAAGAGCUUCGAAAGAGAUAAGAUUUGACGAAAUGGAGAGAGCUUUGAAAGCGCAAAUAGCAAGUUUAAAAAGUCAAUUAUCCGAACGAACUGAUGAGAUUGAGGAAGCAUAUGCAGAAUUAGAGCGUAUGAGAGGUCGUCCUGCUAGCGUGGCGUCAUCGCGCGAGUCUUCCUCGCGAUUACUUAACGGAGAGUUUAGUAACCAAUAUGAGGAGAACCUUGCACAGCUACGUGACAAAGUUGCCGAGCUGACUCUUCAAUUGCGAGAAAAGACUAUGAUGGUUGAUCAACUGACUCUCGAGUUAGAAGAUCUGAGUAUUGCACACGAGAAUGCAAUGCAGGAAGUGGAAGAGGAUUGGGAUAAAGCUGAAAGUCAAUUGAGAAAUGAAAGUGUGAUAUUAAGAGAGGAAAUCGAGCAGUUACAACAAGAAUACGACCAAGCUCUUCAGGAGCUUGAUAUAAUGCACCAGAGCCGUCAAGAAGAUGAAGCGCGACACCAAGAGGGUGUAGAAAAUAUAAGAGUACAACUCGAAGAAAAGGCUCAAGAGAUAUCAGACUUACAGUUGUCACUCGAAAAAGCUAAAAGACAGACUGAUAAUAAAACAAAAGAAAUCCAAGACGUGACAGAGAAUAACAAGAAGUUGAAGCUCCAAAUAACCGGUCUGGAGAGAACUGUGUAUGAGAAGGAGGAAGAGAUUCAAGAAUUACAGAGUCAAUUACAAUCAAACGUAAAAGAAGCUGAAAUAGAAGAUAAGUUGCGAGAAGAAAUGAUAUCCAGUUUGAAAGAGAAACUCGCACAGAGCAAAACUAAAGUGGCUGAAUUAACGGCCGCACAAGCAAGCAGCUCAAAAGAAAUAGCUUAUCUGAAACAAGAAGUGGAGAAUUAUAGUGCGCGGGUUUCAGAGUUGGAAGAAGCGAAUAAAUCAAGAGAAAGUCACGUUAUAAAUGAGAAGCUCAAAGAAAAGGAACUGCAUGAUAAAGAAUUAGAAAGACUUCGUAAAGAUAAGAAAGAGCUCGAAAAAAUAAUAGAUGAUCUCAAUGAGCAAUUAUUGGCAGCACAGCGACGAAUUGCUGAACUGGAGAUGGCAAUACAAGAACGUGAUGGAGAUCUUCAAUAUGUCCGACAGCAGCUUACCAACCAGACCAAUAGAGCUAAAGAGAGUGCAGAGAGAUAUGGAAAAGAGCAAGAACGAUUGCGUACAGAGUUGGAUGCUCAUCGGCGAGAUUUGGAAAGCCUCCGUUCACAAGUCGAGUCAUUAAAUGAUGAGGUGGAAAAUAAGAAAAAUAUAAUUCUUGAACAUGAAAGUGAAAUCAAACACUUGAAUGCUCAACGCACGAAAUUGAACGAUAAACUUGCAAAUACGGAGAAUACACGAACGAAAGCUGAAGAAACGUAUAGAAAUAUGCAAGAGGAUAUGCGCAACAAGGAUUCGACGAUUGAUGAACUUAAAACACGGAUAACCCAACUUGAAGAUAAUUUGUCACAAGAAAAGAAGCAUUCCGUCGAAGUGCGAACGCAACUUGAUGAAAAGAACAAGAACAUGGAUUAUGAGAGAGAAAGAGUAAAGAACCUCGAAGAACAGGUUACUACCUUCAUGGACGAGCACAAACGCUUGCUUGAGCAAAUUGAGAGACGAGAUGCUACAAUAACCAAAGCACUGAACGGGUUACAGAUGAUCAACCAAAGGAAAGAAGUGAUGGAGAAUGCGCUUUUGAGACAAAUGACAGAAGAGAUGCAGAACAGUCUUUCCAGUGUCAGCAAAAGAACAGGAUAUCAACCUCCGCCAUACAUAAAUCCACCUUGGAAACCACCAGGCAACACUACCAACGUUAGCAACACUAGCUUAUUAAGGAAGACGACUAUUCCCAAAAGCCAUGCCAAAUCAUCAUCGAUUCCAAAACUUACGCCAGCAAAGUCAAAGAAAAGUGCUAACAAUGAAACCGCUUCUUCAUCAACACCAACCCGCUUACCAUCAACAGCAUCGAGUGAUGUCGGUAAAACGGGAAGCCGAUUGAUACCGCCCAAGUCAAUCCGAGAAUCAAAAUGA